AUGGAAGACACAAAAUUUAUCCUUUCGAUUGAUGGAGGAGGAUUUCGAGGCAUAAUCCCCGCCAUCAUUCUUAAUGAAAUCGAAAAAAGAGUAAAUAAUGAAAUUAAAAAAGAACAUCAAGAUGUUGAUAUAAGAUGUGCUGAUUUAUUUGAUGUCCUUUCUGGAACUUCGACAGGCUCUAUACUUGCUUUGGGAUUAUCAAUUGCUGAAAAUAAUCGUCCUAAAUUUGAUGCUGAAUAUCUUGUGAAUUUUUAUAAGCAACAUGGAGCUGAUGUCUUUCCUGAUUAUUCUGCUAUCAUGUUUGUUGAUAAAUUAUUGUCUAAAACUGAUAAAUUAUUGGCCGAUUAUGCUAAAAUAGAUGCCACUACAGUUGAGACGAAUAUUAGAAGUAUAACUAAUAAAGGAACAACUAUUGUUAAUAAUGAAGUAAAAAGAGCAAGUAAGCUUGUAAGGUUUUUUACUAUUUCAAAAAAAAAGCAGAAUGAAACUGAGAAUACAACGACAAAUGAAACUGAUGCAUCAACCAAGAAUCAAGUGGAUAAUGAACCCAAAAAUAAAACAGAAGAUGUACCGAACAUUAAACCAGUGGAUAACCCUGCUGAUGCAACCUUGAGUGAAGCUAAUAAGCAAAAAGAAAGAGAAUAUUUUAAUAAAGUAGUGAUGUAUAUAAAGGGAUAUUCGAAUGCUUAUAAUCCUUGGAAGCCGAAAUAUUUACCUGACGAAUUUGAAGAUUUAUUACAGCAAAGUUUCGGUAAAACUAUGCUUAAAGAUACUGUAAACAAUGUGAAAGUAAUCAUUCCAGCAUAUAAUAUCACCAGCGAUAAAAUAACUUUUUUUACAAAUCUUUACGAUGAGCAUAAAGAUUAUCUAAUGAAAGAUGUUAUACGUGCAAGUGCCGCAGCACCCACUUAUUUUCCUGCUAAACAAAUAAACAAAGAUUAUUUCAUAGAUGGAGGUGUUUUUUCAAAUAAUCCAACGGUCAUGGCUUAUCUAGAAGCAAAGAAAAAGUUUCCAAAGGCGAAAUUUGUAGUAGUUUCUCUUGGUACUGGAUACUACAAAGAACCUUUAGAAGGUUAUAAAAAUUCCGGUGUUGUCCAAUGGUUAAGGCCAUUGAUUGAUCUUUUGUUUGAUUCAGGACUGGAUAGUAAUGACACUACUAUGAAACUUUUAGCAGAAUUAGAUGGUACAAGUUACUAUCGAAUUCAAUUAAAUUUGACGAAAGAUGAUGAUGAUUUGGAUGACGUGUCAGCAAAACAAAUUGCUAGACUUACUAAAUUUGCCAGUGAUGCUAUGAAUAAUCCUGCUUAUAAGUUUGAUGAAAUAAUUAAUUUGCUUGUUGAUAAAUGUAAGAAAUUGAAUAUCUUUCCCACUAAAAAUAAAAAGUAA